AUGACACAGUUUGGUUCUUAUUCAGAGGCAUGGACCUUUCUCACGAGCAUCGUCAUGGGCAUCACCAUGGUGAUGGGUGUGAGCGCGGUGACUUCAGCUCCCAGUUACAUGACCGAUUACUACAAGUAUGUUGCGAAUGACGAGAACACUAAGCCGAAAAAUGAGAAAUUCUGGAGAACGGUUUUGACAUUUUAUUUGGUUGUCACCAUGGUGACGCAGACGGUGUUUGAACCUGUGAACCUCACCACCUUCUGCUGCCGCCUUUCUCUUUAUUUUAGGCUAUAUGCUUCCUGUGUGCUGAUGCUGCUCGAGUUACUGGUGUUGUUGCUAAUUCCCAUAAGUUCCUCCACAUCUGAAAACACUGCUAUUGCUGCGUUGAUGGUGAUGGCGUUUGUGGGAGGCUUUGCACGCGCCUUUUAUGAGAAUACUGGAUAUGCACUGUUUGGCCCUUUUCCGCCCAUUAUGAUUAGCUCUUUUGUCGUUGGUGCAGCUGUUUCGGGUCUUGUGAUGUCCAUUUUGCAGAUUAUUAUUAAAGCGUCCAUGUCAGACAGCUAUCAUUCAGUGCGAAAACAGGCAGUGAUUUACUUCAGUAUUGCCAUUGGGAUUAUUGUCGUGACAAUGCUUAUGCUAUGGUCGCUGUCGAAGAACUCAUUCUCCCGGGGCUACGUCGCAGAACUCCGUUCGAAACACGGAUUUUUUGCUAACAUUUACCGGAAACGCAAAUUGACUCAUGAUCCAAGUGUUGGCUCUGCAGAAGCACUGGAGGAAGACCCAAAAAAAGAGGAUGGUGAGGCAGUAUCAUCUCGGUCGGAACCCAUUGAGCCGCUCACAACGGCGGAGUUACUUCAGAUGGCGAAGCUCUGGCCCGUCAUUAAGAAGAUCUAUCCCAUGCAGUUUUCAUGCUUUUACACGUAUUUCCUUUCAUUUCUUCUUUUUCCUGGUGUAAUGCUGGCCAUGGACGAAGAAGACCCGUGGUAUGGGACCAUCGUUGUGGCAGUGUUUAACGCCGCUGACCUCGUGGGACGCUUGUUUUCCUUGGUUAAGUCUUUCAAGGUCUCUCGCAGGUGGGUGGUUAUUGGCGCAUUGCUACGAACGCUCCUUGUCCCGCUACUUGUUCUGUGUGCAAAACGAUACAUCCCCACAUUUGGUGCCGCCUACACGGUGUCUGGCGUGUUGGGACUAACCAACGGAUAUUUUGCUACAAUGUCUGUCUACUACACGCCAGAGACAGAGGGUCUUGACAGUGAUGGCGAGAGGGCUUUGGCUGGUCAAGCGACUGGUGUGUGCCUCCUUUUUGGUGUUUCCACAGGGUCGCUCUUGCAGUUGGCCAUUGUGCUGGCACUGUAG